CUCUCAGUGCUGUUACGAGUCAAGUACAAGUUACGAAGGCAUCAAAAAGCCAAAAGCACCAUCCCCAAGAUGUUCCAGGAUGUUGUCCGCAGGCACCCCGACAAAGUGGCCCUGAUUUACGAAGCCACUGGUGAGCAGUGGACCUUCCGGAGGCUGGAUGAGUAUUCCAACGCCGUGGCUAACUACUUCUACCAGCAAGGUUUCCGACUGGGGGACGUCAUUGCGAUCUUUAUGGAGAGCCGUCCCGAGUUUGUUGGCCUCUGGCUAGGGAUGGCAAAGAUCGGCAUCGAGGCGGCUCUGAUCAACUUCAAUUUACGCUUGGAUUCUCUGGUUUACUGCGUGAUGACUUCGGGUGCGAAAGCCGUGAUCUUCGGAGGGGAGCUGUCUUCCGCGAUAUCUGAAGUGAACGGGAUGUUGGGGAAGAACAUGGCAAAAUUCUGCUCUGGUGACUACAACCCAGAUGUCGUUCCUGUGGAGACCAGACAUCUUGAUCCUCUUCUGGGUACCGCAUCGAAAUCGCCCCCAACUCAGAUUCCAGUCAAAGGUUUAGAUGAUCGACUCUUCUACAUCUACACGUCAGGAACAAAAGGAAUGCCCAAAGCUGCCAUUGUGGUGCACAGCAGGUAUUACCGUAUCGCUGCCUUCGGUUACUACGCCUACAGAAUGCGCCCAGAGGACGUCCUCUACAACUGCCUCCCCCUCUAUCAUUCUGCAGGUAACAUCAUGGGAGUCGGGCAGUGUCUAAUCCACGGCCUCACCGUGGUGAUCAGGAAGAAGUUCUCGGCCAGUCGCUUCUGGGACGACUGCGCGAAGUACAGAUGCACGAUUAUUCAGUAUAUCGGGGAAAUCUGCAGGUAUCUUCUGAAUCAGCCGGUCCGAGAGUCAGAAACCCAACACUGCGUGCGGCUGGCGGUGGGCAAUGGGUUGAGACCCACCAUAUGGGAGGAGUUCACAAAGCGCUUCCGAAUUAAGCAGAUUGGGGAAUUCUACGGGGCCACGGAGUGCAACUGCAGCAUUGCCAACUUGGACGGGAAGGUUGGUGCCUGUGGCUUCAACAGUCGGAUUUUGCCCAAUGUUUAUCCCAUUCGUUUGGUGAAGGUAAAUGAGGACACGAUGGAGCUGAUCCGGGAUUCCGGUGGACUGUGUAUCCCUUGUCACCCAGGAGAGCCGGGAUUGCUCGUCGGUCAGAUAAAUCAACAGGAUCCCCUGCGUCGGUUCGACGGUUACGUCAGCGAGAGUGCCACCAACAAGAAGAUCGCUUACAACGUGCUUCGGAAAGGGGACCAGGCAUACCUUUCAGGAGAUGUGUUGGUGAUGGACGAACUCGGUUACAUGUACUUCAAAGAUCGCAGCGGGGACACCUUCCGAUGGCGAGGAGAGAACGUCUCUACCACCGAGGUGGAAGGAACGUUGAGUCAUAUCCUCAACCAGACGGAUGUCGCGGUGUACGGAGUGGAAGUACCAGGGGUGGAGGGCAAAGCUGGGAUGGCGGCGAUCGCAGAUCCCAAAGCUAAAGUCAACCCCAACGUCCUGUACCGGGAGCUGCAGAAGGUUUUGCCUCCCUACGCCCGACCCGUCUUUCUCCGGCUCCUACCCCAGGUGGACACCACAGGUACAUUUAAGAUUCAGAAAACCCGCUUACAGAGGGAAGGAUUCGACCCCCACCAAACCUCAGAUCGGUUGUAUUUUUUGGAUCUAAAGUUGGGAAAAUACGUUCCUCUGGAUGAAUGCCUUUAUGAAAGGAUUUGUUCUGGAAAAGCUGCUUUAUGA